GUUUGUGCCUGGUCUUGUUAGCACACCCGCUGAGCUGAUGGUAUCCAGCUCUCAAGAUUCAAAUGGGGCAUCCACCUCUCGAGUGGCAUCUGGCUACGGCGCCACUCGCACAGGUUUCAGAGCUGACUCAGGCGAGCAAGAGUCACGAUACAACUCGGAAACUGCUCAUUCAGCAGUAGACACCAGAAAUGCAUCGCGGUCGAUAGAGAACGACACAGAUGGUGUCGCGAGUUUUUCUAGCAAACGAAGAAAUAGGUCACGCGACCUUUCUAUCAACACCAACGUUACCGACACAGACACUCAGAAUGGCGACGAGACAGGGAAAACCGAAUCAACGAACAGGCCCGUAUCAUGGAGUGCACUACCGCGCAAAGAUCAGCUUGUAGUAUUGGUCCUGGCACGACUUUCCGAGCCCUUGACGCAGACAUCACUGGGUGCAUACCUCUACUACCAACUGCAAUCCUUUGAUCCUUCUCUCUCGGAGUCAACGCUCUCUUACCAAGCAGGAAUCAUCGGCGCGACGUUUCCCGCCACUCAGUUUCUGACUGCAAUGCUAUGGGGUCGCUUUUCCGACUCCGAGUAUGGCGGCCGCAAGCGGACUAUUUAUCUUGGUCUAGUAGGCACCAUGCUGAGUACCGUUGGCUUUGGAUUCUCACGUAAUUUUGCUAUGGCGGUGUUCUUCCGGAGUCUGGGAGGUAUAGUGAAUGGGAAUAUUGGGGUCAUGAGGACGAUGAUUAGUGAGAUUAUCAAGGAGAAGAAGUUUCAAAGUAGGGCGUUUUUGCUCAUGCCAAUGUCGUUUAAUGUUGGAGUGUUGAUCGGACCGGUUUUGGGUGGUAUACUUGCAGACCCUGUCGCCAACUACCCGUCUCUAUUCGGACCAGACUCUACGUUUGGUGGUAAGCAUGGCGUGCAGUGGAUGAUGCGCUAUCCUUAUGCGCUACCUAAUCUUGUCAGCGCCUUGUUUUUAUGUCUGUCAUCACUAGCAGUUCUAUUCUUCUUGGAGGAGACUGGCGAGCUCUGCAAAGACCGUCCUGAUUUUGGCCGUCGGAUGGGACGCUGGAUACGCCGAACAAUAUUCCGUCAGGACAUCGCCUCUGAACGAGGCUACAGCAUAGUUCCCAGUUAUGAUCUGGAACUACAGCAAACACCCACAUCGCCCAUUGUUCACCAGAUCGAUAAACCAAGCAAGCAGGUCCGCCAACAACUCCCCUUCCGCCGCAUUUGGACCCCCAACCUCGUCAUGACAAUGCUCGCCCAUGGCGCUCUCUCCAUGCACGUAAGCACCUUCAACGGCCUCUGGACCCUCCACCUCUCCACCCCGCGGUUCGAUCCUAAACACCCAUACCCCCCAUAUUUCCAACCCCACGGCCUCUUCUUCACCGGCGGCCUCGGCAUGCCUCCCUCGCGCAUCGGCCUUGCCCUCGCCAUUAUCGGCGUAAUCGGUCUCCCCCUCCAACUCUUCGUCUACCCGAAAAUCGCCCAUCGACUCGGUACUACAAACUCCUUCCGCGUUUUCACCGCUCUUUUCCCUCUCAUGUACUUUGUCACACCCUUCUUGAGUCUGGUGCCUAGCUGGACGCCGCCGCCGCUUGGUGUCUCUGGACCGUGGAUUUGGACCGCGAUUACGGCAGCGCUAUCGAUUCAGGUGCUAGCCCGCACGUUUGCGCUUCCGUGUACGGCGAUUCUGAUUAAUAAUGCGAGUCCGCAUCCGUCGGUGCUGGGGACGGUGCAUGGGAUUGGGCAGUCAGUGUCGAGUCUUGCGCGGACGUUUGGGCCGGUUUUCUUUAGUUGGUUGUUUGGAAAGGGGUUGGAGAGGGGGAUGGUUGGGUUGGCGUGGUGGUGUAUGGGUCUUGUUGCUGUGGGUGGAUGGGUGCUUGCGCAGGGGGUGAGGGAGGGGGAUGGGCAUGAGAUUUUGCUUGCGGGGGAGAGGAAGGAGGGGGAGUAAGAUUGAAGAAUCAUUGUCAUACAGAUAGAUGUUUGCAUCUUUGACUAGUUAUAGAAAACUUAGAACUUCUUGAUCUCAUUUGGUUAGAAG